UUUCUUCUCACAACUCCCAUUCGUCCAGAUCGAUACAUUCAAGAAGUCAAGUUCUCGGAAUUGAAAUUAAAAAAAUAUAUAUAUAUUAAAAUGGACACAUCCCCACUUCCAAAUAUCCUUCCGAGCCCAAUCACCCGAUCCAUGGCCAAGGACCUGGCCGAACAGGGCACUCCCGUCCUGUUUCAGUCCCUAAAGGGCCGGAACUGCAGAAGGAGAUUGGCUUUGAAGACUGACAAGGUUGAGAUUAAAAGUUUCCAGGCCGAAAUCGCCGACCUCAUGUCCCUCAUCAUCAAUACAUUUUACUCUAACAAGGAGAUCUUUCUUCGUGAGUUGAUUUCCAAUUCGUCCGACGCUUUGGAUAAGAUCAGGUACGAGUCGUUGACCGAUGCGUGUAAGCUUGAGAGCGGAAAAGAACUCCAGAUCAAGAUCAUCCCCAACAAGGAGGAGAAGACGUUGACUUUGAUCGACACGGGUAUUGGGAUGACUAAGGCUGAUCUCGUCAGUAAUUUGGGGACGAUUGGAAAAUCUGGAAACAAGGGUUUCAUGGAAGCUCUUCAAGCCAGGGCUGAUAUCUCCAUGAUUGGACAAUUCGGUGUAGGUUUCUACUCCGCCUAUCUCGUUGCAGACAAGGUCACCGUCACCAGCAAGCACAACGAUGAUAAGCAAUACGUCUGGGAGAGUUCUGCAGGAGGAAGUUUCACAAUCCGUACGGACAAUGGGCCCAGUAUGGGACGUGGAACCAAAAUUGUCCUUCACAUGAAAGAGGAUCAGGCAGAAUAUUGUGAGGAGAGGAAAAUUAAGGAAGUAGUAACGAAGCAUUCUCAAUUCAUUGGCUACCCAAUUAAGUUGCUCGUGGAGAAGGAACGUGAAAAGGAAGUUGAAGAGGAGGAGGAAGUAAAGGAAGGUGAGGAAAAGAAGGAAGACGACAAAGACAAAAAAGAUGCAAAGGACAAGAGAAAGAUGAUGGAAAAGUACACCGACUAUGAGGAAUUGAACAAAACUAUUUGGGCCAGGAACGCUGAUGAUAUUUCUCAGGAGUACGGUGAAUUAUACAAAUCUCUCACCAACGAUCUUGUCUCUGAUACCAAAGAGGGGUUGGAACUUCCUGAAGAUGAAGAGGAAAAGAAAAAGUUUGAGGAAGAAAAGGCAAAGUUUGAAGGACUUUGCAAAGUCAUGAAGGACAUAUUGGACAAGAAGGUCGAGAAAGUAGUUGUAAGCAACAGGUUGGUCGACUCGCCUUGCUGCAUUGUCGCUUCUCAGUACGGCUGGGCCGCCAACAUGGAGCGAAUCAUGAAAGCACAAGACCUCCGCGACACGGGCUACAUGGCAGCCAAGAAGCAUCUCGAGAUCAACACUGAUCAUCCCAUCGUGGAGACUCUUCGAGUUAAAGCUGAAGCAGAUAAAUAUGACAAGAGUGUCAAGGAUCUAGUUAUGCUCAUGUUUGAGACCGCUUUGUUGUCGUCUGGAUUUAGUCUUGAGGAUCCCGAUGUUCAUGCCGCUCGAAUUCAUCGAAUGAUCAAAUUGGGUCUUGGAAUUGAUGACGACGAGCCCGCUGCUGUGGAAGAGACGAAGGAUGGGGAUUCUCUUCCAGAACUUCAAGGUUCUUCGGGAGUGUGGAGAAAAUUGUUUUAUGAAACUAUAGUGCUACUCUGUGAUCUUUUAUUGUGUUCCCAGUGAAGUGAAUAAUUUUUUGGGAGGCAGUAGAGUUUUAUAAUUUGUUUAUGCUCCAAUUUUUCUUUUUACAAAACGCUUCGGGUACUUUAUCAUGUCGUGUCGACAGACUGAAUUCGUAAAUAAA